AUGGCAGCGGCCUCCGCCGACGCACCCUCCGACUCGUCCCCCUCGUCCCCCUCGUCGACGUCGCACAGCCCCCGCGAGCAGUUCUUCGACCCUCACCGCAGCGCCCUCAACAACCCGCUGGCCUCGCCCAACGCCAUCCCGCCGCGGACCUCCAGCUCCGGCCUCCACAGCCGCUCCUCCCUCGCCCUCAACGCCCAGGCCGACACCCACGGCUCCGGCCAGGCGACGCCGCAGGCCUCCGUCCUCCGCCCCGUCCCCGAGGCCGACUGGCUCGGGCAGCAGCGGCAGACGACCAACUGGCGCGCCCCGACGCUCAGCUCGGGUGCCAUGGCCAUCAUGCAGCACCAAGGCCAGGCCGACGCCGACGAGCAGUCCCGCCAGGGGCCGCCCAACGUCGACCGCUACGCUCACGAGGACCUCAACUUCACGCCGCGCCGCUCCUGGACCGGCGACAAGGAAAAGGUGGUGCGCGCGCCCUUCGACUACGCCACCAGCCACCCCGGCAAGGACUUUCGUGCCCAGCUCAUCGCCGCCUUCAACGUCUGGCUUGACGUGCCCUCGAAGAGCCUCGACGUCAUCACAAAGGUCAUCGCCAUGCUCCACGAGGCCUCGCUUCUCAUCGACGACGUCCAGGACUCGUCGGAGCUGCGCCGCGGCUUCCCCGUCGCCCACAGCAUCUUUGGCGUCGCCCAGACCAUCAACGCGGCCAACUACACCUGCUACCUCGCCCUGCAGGAGCUCCAGAAGCUCGACAACGCGCGCGCCAUCACCAUCUUCGCCGAGGAGCUCGUCAACCUCCACCGAGGCCAGGGCAUGGACCUCUUCUGGCGCGACACCCUCACCUGCCCCACCGAGGAGGACUACCUCGAGAUGGUCGGCAACAAGACGGGCGGCCUCUUCCGCCUCGGCAUCAAGCUCAUGCAGGCCGAGUCCAAGGCCAGCAUCGACUGCGUGCCCCUCGUCAACCUCAUCGGGCUCACCUACCAGAUCCGCGACGACUACCUCAACCUGUCGUCGCAGGAGUACACGAACAACAAGGGCAUCUGCGAGGACCUGACCGAGGGCAAAUUCUCCUUCCCCAUCAUCCACAGCAUCCGCGCCGACCCGGCCAACCUGCAGCUCAUCAACAUCCUCAAGCAGAAGACGUCGGACAUUCAGGUGAAGCGCUACGCCGUCUCCUACAUGGAGAGCACCGGCACCUUUGUCUACACCCGCGCCGUUCUCGCCACCCUCAUCGAACGCACGCGCAAGACGGCCAUCGAGAUGGACGCCGGCCAGGGCAAGGCCGCCGGCGUCCUCAAGAUUCUGGACAAGAUGGUGAUUGAAUAG